AUGUUGUGGAACAAAUGGAUUCUACGUUGUCUAAUUACAUUCAAUGCUUUCUACUGGAUUACAGGAUGUAUUGCUUUAAGCGUUGGAAUUUAUGAAAUCACUUAUAGUGAUUAUCAUUUUCUUCGAGGAAAAUAUGAUUUAGGAUUAUUUACUGGAUCUUAUGUAAUAUGUUCAUGUGGGAUAUUUAUUCUAAUGUCUAGUCCAUUUGGUCGGGCUGGAAUCCUGUCAAGGUCAAGAGGAAUAUCAAUAUCAUUCUAUAUUAUUCUGGUACUUAAUGGAAUUUGUUUACUUGGUUGUGGGAUAUGGUUAUCAAAAUAUUCUGAAAAUAUAUACAUUGAAUUAAAUAAAAUGUUUGAUAAUUUACUGAAAAAUUAUGAUGAGAAACGUUUAAUGGUGAAUGAAGAAACUAAAUUUCUCAAUUACAUUCAAUAUAAAUUUGAUUGCUGUGGUAAAUUAAAUGUUGAAGACCUGUUUGAUCGUAAACCAGUUAUUGCAUGUGGAAUGAAACCAACUGAAAAGAAGGGAUGCUUAACGAAAGUUAUCGGGACGAUAAAAUCAGGUCAAUUUUGUGUUGCACUUGUUAGCAUCUGUAUAGCAAUUUGGCAGUUUUUCGGUAUCGUUAUUUAUUCAUUCUUUACUUGUUCAAACUGGAAUCAUCAAAAUCAUCAUCAUUUUGAUUAUCAGUAUUCAAAGAGAAUGCAAAGAACAUUGAAUGAUGAUAAUGAUGCAAGUAUAGCGUAA